AUGGCUCCCGCUACCACCAAGCUCGCCUCCGGGCACGAGAUGCCCCUCGUUGGCUUCGGCCUCUGGAAGGUCCCUGCUGCCCAGGCCGCCGAGACUGUCUACAACGCCAUCAAGGCUGGAUACCGCCUCUUCGACGGUGCCUACGACUACCAGAACGAGAAGGAGGCCGGUGAGGGUAUCCUCCGUGCCAUCAGCGAGGGCCUCGUGAAGCGCGAGGACAUCUUCGUCACCACCAAGUUGUGGAACAACUACCACAGCCACGAGCACGCCUUGGAGAUGGCCAAGAUCCAGAAUGAGGCUUGGGGCCUCGGCUACAUCGAUCUCUACCUCAUCCACUUUCCCGUCGCCCUCAAGUACAUUGAGCCCGAGACUCGACGAUUCCCGGCCUGGUGGAUGGACGAUGCGCAGACCGUCGAGGUCGCCAACGUGCCCAUCCGCGAGACCUGGGAGGCUCUCGAGACCACGGUCGACGAGGGCAUCGCCCGCUCCAUCGGCGUCUCCAACUUCCAGGCCCAGGGUCUCUACGACCUCCAGCGCUACGCCCGCCACCCCAUCUCCUCCCUGCAGAUCGAGCACCACCCCUACCUCGUGCAGCCCGGCCUGAUCGCCAUGGCCCAGGAGAACAACAUCGCCGUCACGGCCUACUCCUCCUUCGGCCCCCAGAGCUUCGUCGAGCUCCCCGGCAUCUUCUCCAAGCGCACCCAGGACGUCGAGCCCCUCCUCGAGACCAAGGUCAUCAAGGACCUCGCCGACAAGUACACCAAGACGCCCGCCCAGAUCCUGCUCCGCUGGGCCACGCAGCGCAGCAUCGCCGUCAUCCCCAAGUCCAACAACCCCGGCCGCCUGGCCCAGAACCUGGAUGUUCUGAGCUUCGACCUCACCCAGGAGGAGAUUGAGAGCAUCUCCGGCCUCGACCGUGGUCUGCGCUUCAACGACCCCGGUUUCUACCUGCCCAACUACCCCCUGCGCAUCUUCGCUUAA